CCCAGCCAAUUCUUAUCAAAGGUUUUGUAGUAGUAAUGGGGGCAGAAAGGCCUCUGGCUCUGCUGGGCUCCUUUUGAUGUAAUUAGUAACAUGGCAGAGUCUUAAUUGGGAAAGGGCUCAGAUUUACAGUUUGAUUAUUUUUGGAAGCUCAGUACAUCCCCCCCCCCCAAUUUAAUACAUUCUAUUUGGCUUCAUUCUUACAGCAACAAAUCUGUCUAAAACACAGGUGAAUUUCACUCUAAGACAGGAGUGUCAAACUGCCGGCCUGCGUGCCGGAUGCGUCAUCUGGAAGCCACACCCACCCCAUUGCCGGCAAUGACAAAACCGUUCCGAUAUGUUGUGCGACUUCACGUGACGUCGUGAGUUUGACAUGUCUGCUCUAAGGCAAUGACUUUCUCAUAGCAUUCAAAUACUAGGCACUCAAGCUAACAAGAAGAGGCAUCGUUGGCAUAAUGAGUUAUGUAAGGGAACAUAGCAAAUUCUUUGUUGAUCUGUGGCUGAGAAACCCAAAGCCGCCAAUCAUCAUUAUACAUCAUUAUAUAGUGAUGGAAGGCAAUUUCAAGCGAAGAAUGAGAAAUGCUAUGAAGCGUCUCCAAGAAGAGGAAGAACUAUCAAGGCUUCCCAAAAUAACAACUUCAGUAGCAGAAAGGAGACUUGCUGAGCUAUAUACAUCACGCAGCUGUCAGUUUCCCAAGCAUUUGGAAAAUUCCACCACAUAUGAUUUCGGUGAGAAAGAGGCAGAUCAUGAUUUACGUUUCACCAAGCGUGGCCACCAGGAAGAAUGCCUUGUAAUGCAAAGACUUUUGAUGGAACAAAAGAGAGUGAUUGAGACUCUUCAGAUGAAAAUGAAAUUCCUGGAAGAGGAGCUGAAGAAGGCGAAGGACCUGGAUUUUAAGAAGUCAACGAUAAUUUCACAUCUGUUGUUGGAAAGAGAAAAGUUCCACCAUGAGAACAAGGAGCUUGUAAAUAUCAGAUUCCAAUUGCGAGGAGAGAAACAGCAACUCAGUGAACAGUUUGAAGAGGAACUGAGCAGAAAGACAACGAUAAUUUCAAAUCUCUUGGUGGACAGAGAAAAACUUGACCACGAGAACAAGGAACUUCUGAGAAUAUGUGGUGAAAAACAGCGAUUCUGUGAACAUGUUGAGAAAGAGCUGAGCAGACAGCAGAGUUUAAUUUGUGACCUGUUGUCAGACAGAGAUAAGCUCCAAUUUGAGAACAAGGAGCUUGUACGAAUCGAUCUCAAACUGCGAGGAGAGAAACAACAACUCUGUGAAUAUUUUGACGAAAAACUAAGCAGAGAGAGAAAACUGAGAAACGACUGCUCUAGGACAUUGUUGUGCAGAGAUGAGUUAAUAUCACUUUUGUGUAGAGAGCACAAAACAUGCUGUGUGAGUAUCUGGCAAACAAGUGCAGAAGUUACAAAGCCAGAAGAUAAGAAAGAAAGUCUGGAAAAGCUGAAACCUCAAUUCCUGGAAAACACGCUAAAGAAGGGCUGGCUUAAAGCUUCUCUAGAAAACCUGAAAGCCAAAAAGUCCAAAGAAUCCAGAGAAAACACACUGGGGUGGCUUCAGGAAUCUCUGAAAAACCUAAAAGAGGUUUCUGAUAAAGCAUCAAGACGCAGCCUGGCAGAAUGGCUUAAAGGAUCUCUGAUAAAUCUUCAGAAGGAAUCUCCUGAAGCAUCCAAGGAAGAUGUGAGCGAUUGGCUGGAGAUGUCCAUAAAUCAACUUCAGGAAGAAGGUCCAGAAACAUCCCAUAUGAACGUGCAGGAAUGGCUUGAGGCGUCCAUUCAAGGCAUUCAGGAUCUAAAAACGUCCGAGACAGAGCCUCGAAGCAGUCUAAGAAAGGGAUGGCUUGAAAGAUCAAUAGAGAACCUCAAGAAGUUGCAUUCUGAAGGACCUGUGGAGAACACACUGAAAUGGCUUCAAGGAUCCUUAGAAAGACUCUUAUCUUCUAGUGAAGCUAGGCCAGUUCUCGAAGAAUGGCUACAAGAUUCCUUGAGAAGCCUGGAAGAGGAAAGUUCUGAAGUGGACAAUCAAGAUGUCAAAGAAUGGCUUCAAACAACGAUAAAUAAUCUUGAAGACGAAGGACCUGGAGCAACUUAUCUAGGUAUUCAGGAAUGGCUGGAAGCAUCUAUUAAGGGCAUCCAGGAUUUGAACGAAGAAUCUAUUAAGGGCAUCCAGGAUUUAAACAUAGCAAGAAGAGAAAGUGCGGAAGAGAGCAGGGAGAGAGUGAUUAGGGUAGACCUUGCCUCCUCUGAACGAAGCUUAAGUAAUGAAUGGCUCCAAGACUCUUUAGAAAGCUCCAGAGAGCUGGGGUCAACUGCAUCCAGAACAGGGUUGCAAGGAUGGCUACGAGCAUCUUUGAGAAAACUCAGACGAGAAUCCCCAGAGGGAGCCAGGAACAGUCUGGAGGAAUGGCUUCAGGAAUCCAUACAAAAUAUCCAGGAAGGAUGUCCUGAGGAAUUCAGGCAACCUGUGAAGGAGUGGCUUGGGAGAUCCCUAAAUCACUUUCAAGAGGGAGGGCCUGGAGCAUCCCAUCUGAGCGUGGAGGAAUGGUUGGAAGCAUCCAUCCAAGGUCUGCAGGAGGAAAGAUUUAAAGAGAUGACAGGAAGAACAGAUCCUGAAAAGUGGAGGAGAAAAUUCGUUUCCCAAGGAAUUCCUUCCCAAGAAAAACAGGUUGUCAGGAAGAUCCUAGGAAAGGAGACCUCCCGGUACAGGCCUGCCACUUCUCCAAACUUUUCUAUUUUCCCCAACAGUUUGGUAGUUGUUCCAAGUGGCUCCUCCCGAUGCAGUAUUAAAAAUGACAAGUACCAAUAA